AUGUUGUUCUCAGUUGGAGCACUGUCCUCUUUGCUUGCAGUUGCAAGGCAUGUGUCUGUGGCCGCUACUCCUGCCCACUUCCUGAUCAUCAGCGGCGUGACGGCAGUUGAUGAGACUUGCUUGGCAGGGUCUGCAGCAGGUGUGUGGCUGGAAUCCUGCGAGAAGGCAGUGGCUGGCAUGAGUGGGGAGGAGAUCUGGAGCUUAGCGACAGAUGGGAGCUUGGUGCACGCGGGGUCGAAGACAUGUCUUAGCCCGCAAGGAACAGGUGCUGCUGGUGUGCCUCUAACGCUGGUGUCGUGCGACGCAGCUGGCGGCGUGGCGAAGUGGGAGCUGCAAGGGAACGGUCAGGUCAAGAUGGCGCAGAGCAGCAUGUGUAUCAGCCAGGUCGGGCCAAGUGGUGCUGCGGUCAACGUGGCCGCUUCAGCUUCAGUGUUGAAUCGCGCAGCGCGUGCAAAUGUCCGCGUCACGGCAGAGGGUCAUCCUGCGAGUUCCGGACUCUUGGAAAUCCAGACCAGCUCCGGGUCAUAUGGAUCUGUUUGCGGAUUGAAUGCCGAAGCAGCAAGUGUGGCCUGCAGGCAGUUGGGCUUUGAGUUCGGUGUGCAGAGCCCAUCUCCAUGCGGCCAGUAUGGAGGAGGGAGCUGGUGUGGGGCAGCAGGAUCACCUGUCGCUGUGAAGGGCUUGAAGUGCUUGGGAACAGAAAUGAGUGUUGAUGAGUGCAGCUCAGAAGUUGUAGAUGAGGCAUGUCUGAGCCACGGCAGUGAUGCUGUCAUCUUCUGCGGCACAAGCUCUGUGGGGGCUUUCCGAGACGGCGAGCUUCGGUUGGUUGGAUCAACAGGUGCACCAGCCCUGCCCAAAGAGGCCGGACGCCUGGAAGCGUUUCUGGUCGCCGCUCAAGCUUGGGCUCCGGUGUGCAAGCUUGGAUUCACGAGUGGAUCGGCUUCAGUUGCUUGCAAGCAGAUGGGCUACGCAGGGGCAGCAGGCUUCGCAGGUUGCCGAUCCCAAGAAGCCUGUGGAGGAGUGGCGCCGCAGCUGGCAGACUUGGCUUGCGCCGGUUCAGAGACCAGUGUGCUGCAGUGCCCUAUGUCAAUCGGGGACGACGUGUUCUGUGCGCCAGAGGAGGCCGUGCUUUUGACUUGUUCUGGACAUGGUGAUCCGAUUGGAAGACCGCAUGUGUCUGUGGCCGCUACUCCUGCCCACUUCCUGAUCAUCAGCGGCGUGACGGCAGUUGAUGAGACUUGCUUGGCAGGGUCUGCAGCAGGUGUGCGGCUCGAAUCCUGCGAGAAGGCAGUGGCUGGCAUGAGUGGGGAGGAGAUCUGGAGCUUAGCGACAGAUGGGAGCUUGGUGCACGCGGGGUCGAAGACAUGUCUUAGCCCGCAAGGAACAGGUGCUGCUGGUGUGCCUCUAACGCUGGUGUCGUGCGACGCAGCUGGCGGCGUGGCGAAGUGGGAGCUGCAAGGGAACGGUCAGGUCAAGAUGGGGCAGAGCAGCAUGUGUAUCAGCCAGGUCGGGCCAAGUGGUGCUGCGGUCAACGUGGCCGCUUCAGCUUCAGUGUCUGCAAGCUCGACGUUAGAUCCCAGCCAUGGGGCAGCCCUGGCCAUUGACGGGGUGGCGUCCACGUACUGGGUUUCUAAGAUGGACGAGGCAGAUGCCGUCAGCCUUCUCCUUGACUUUGGAGAGCCCGUGCAUGGAUCCAUCUUGGAGCUCGACUUCGAAUUCGUGCCGUCCGCGUUUUCAGUGCAGGCUGAAGAGCCCUCGUCGGAGAAUUGGUUGCAAAUAUUCGCCACAGACUCGAACGCUUUGAAGCAUGUGAAGAUUCCCCUCGCAACGGCCAAGCCCAUGUCGGCAAUCAGACUCAUUAUGAAGGAAGCCCAUCCGACUCUCGGGGCAAUGAACGGCCACAAGCUUGUUGGGGUCCGUUCUAUCAGGCUGCUGACGCGGAUGCUGCAGCCGGUCCUGGAGCCAUGUGCAGUCGCGGCGAAAAGCCACGAUGCAAGAGACAAGUUUUUCACCGUUGCAGUGAGUGGUUUCGACCCGCAAGCUGGUGCUGCUUUGGCAGCCGAGAUGCCUGCGCUGGAGUCGGCAGAUGCGGCGUUAUCGUCUAUCGUUGUGGAGCUCGCGAAGGCUUUGCCUGCGAUCAGCUCCUGCAAGCCUGCCGGCCCUGUCUCCCUUCGUGCCAAUGGCACGAUCCAGAGCGUUCAGCGACACCGCGCAGUCGGCGACAUGGCAUUGGACCUGGGCCAGGAAGCAGCCUUGCUGGAGGAAGCCAGGGGCACCAUUGUCGCAGCGCGUGGGCCAUGCGGCUUCUAUUGUGCAGUGCUGGUUUAUGUGUUUUUUUUUGCAGAGGUGUUGAAUCGCGCAGCGCGUGCAAAUGUCCGCGUCACGGCAGAGGGUCAUCCUGCGAGUUCCGGACUCUUGGAAAUCCAGACCAGCUCCGGGUCAUAUGGAUCUGUUUGCGGAUUGAAUGCCGAAGCAGCAAGUGUGGCCUGCAGGCAGUUGGGCUUUGAGUUCGGUGUGCAAAGCCCAUCUCCAUGCGGCCAGUAUGGAGGAGGGAGCUGGUGUGGGGCAGCAGGAUCACCUGUCGCUGUGAAGGGCUUGAAGUGCUUGGGAACAGAAAUGAGUGUUGAUGAGUGCAGCUCAGAAGUUGUAGAUGAGGCAUGUCUGAGCCACGGCAGUGAUGCUGUCAUCUUCUGCGGCACAAGCUCUGUGGGGGCUUUCCGAGACGGCGAGCUUCGGUUGGUUGGAUCAACAGGUGCACCAGCCCUGCCCAAAGAGGCCGGACGCCUGGAAGCGUUUCUGGUCGCCGUUCAAGCUUGGGCUCCGGUGUGCAGGCUUGGAUUCACGAGUGGAUCGGCUUCAGUUGCUUGCAAGCAGAUGGGCUACGCAGGGGCAGCAGGCUUCGCAGGUUGCCGAUCCCAAGAAGCCUGUGGAGGCGUGGCGCCGCAGCUGGCAGACUUGGCUUGCGCCGGUUCAGAGACCAGUGUGCUGCAGUGCCCUAUGUCAAUCGGGGACGACGUGUUCUGUGCGCCAGAGGAGUCCGUGCUUUUGACUUGUUCUGGACAUGGUGAUCCGAUUGGAAGACCGCAUGUGUCUGUGGCCGCUACUCCUGCCCACUUCCUGAUCAUCAGCGGCGUGGCGGCAGUUGAUGAGACUUGCUUGGCAGGGUCUGCAGCAGGUGUGUGGCUCGAAUCCUGCGAGAAGGCAGUGGCUGGCAUGAGUGGGGAGGAGAUCUGGAGCUUAGCGACAGAUGGGAGCUUGGUGCACGCGGGGUCGAAGACAUGUCUCAGCCCGCAAGGAACAGGUGCUGCUGGUGUGCCUCUAACGCUGGUGUCGUGCGACGCAGCUGGCGGCGUGGCGAAGUGGGAGCUGCAAGGGAACGGUCAGGUCAAGAUGGGGCAGAGCAGCAUGUGUAUCAGCCAGGUCGGGCCAAGUGGUGCUGCGGUCAACGUGGCCGCUUCAGCUUCAGUGUCUGCAAGCUCGACGUUAGAUCCCAGCCAUGGGGCAGCCCUGGCCAUUGACGGGGUGGCGUCCACGUACUGGGUUUCUAAGAUGGACGAGGCAGAUGCCGUCAGCCUUCUCCUUGACUUUGGAGAGCCCGUGCAUGGAUCCAUCUUGGAGCUCGACUUCGAAUUCGUGCCGUCCGCGUUUUCAGUGCAGGCUGCUGAGCCCUCGUCGGAGAAGUGGUUGCAAAUAUUCGCCACAGACUCGAACGCUUUGAAGCAUGUGAAGAUUCCCCUCGCUACGGCCAAGCCCAUGUCGGCAAUCAGACUCAUUAUGAAGGAAGCCCAUCCGACUCUCGGGGCAAUGAACGGCCACAAGCUUGUUGGGGUGCGUUCCAUCAGGCUGCUGACGCGGAUGCUGCAGCCGGUCCUGGAGCCAUGUGCAGCAGCGGCGAAAAGCCACGAUGCAAGAGACAAGUUUUUCACCGUUGCAGUGAGUGGUUUCGACCCGCAAGCUGGUGCUGCUUUGGCAGCCGAGAUGCCUGCGCUGGAGUCGGCAGAUGCGGCGUUAUCGUCUAUCGUUGUGGAGCUCGCGAAGGCUUUGCCUGCGAUCAGCUCCUGCAAGCCUGCCGGCCCUGUCUCCCUUCGUGCCAAUGCCACGAUCCAGAGCGUUCAGCGACACCGCGCAGUCGGCGACAUGGCAUUGGACCUGGGCCAGGAAGCAGCCUUGCUGGAGGAAGCCAGGGGCACCAUUGUCGCAGCGCGUGGGCUGCUGGCUUCGUCGUGCCAUGCGGCUUCUAUUGUGCUGUGCUGGUUUAUGUGUUUUUUUGCAGAGGUGUUGAAUUGCGCAGCGCGUGCAAAUGUCCGCGUCACGGCAGAGGGUCAUCCUGCGAGUUCCGGACUCUUGGAAAUCCAGACCAGCUCCGGGUCAUAUGGAUCUGUUUGCGGAUUGAAUGCCGAAGCAGCAAGUGUGGCCUGCAGGCAGUUGGGCUUUGAGUUCGGUGUGCAAAGCCCAUCUCCAUGCGGCCAGUAUGGAGGAGGGAGCUGGUGUGGGGCAGCAGGAUCACCUGUCGCUGUGAAGGGCUUGAAGUGCUUGGGAACAGAAAUGAGUGUUGAUGAGUGCAGCUCAGAAGUUGUAGAUGAGGCAUGUCUGAGCCACGGCAGUGAUGCUGUCAUCUUCUGCGGCACAAGCUCUGUGGGGGCUUUCCGAGACGGCGAGCUUCGGUUGGUUGGAUCAACAGGUGCACCAGCCCUGCCCAAAGAGGCCGGACGCCUGGAAGCGUUUCUGGUCGCCGCUCAAGCUUGGGCUCCGGUGUGCAAGCUUGGAUUCACGAGUGGAUCGGCUUCAGUUGCUUGCAAGCAGAUGGGCUACGCAGGGGCAGCAGGCUUCGCAGGUUGCCGAUCCCAAGAAGCCUGUGGAGGAGUGGCGCCGCAGCUGGCAGACUUGGCUUGCGCCGGUUCAGAGACCAGUGUGCUGCAGUGCCCUAUGUCAAUCGGGGACGAUGUGUUCUGUGCGCCAGAGGAGUCCGUCCUUUUGUCUUGUUCUGGACAUGGUGAUCCGAUUGGAAGACCGAUGCUGGCUGAUGUCUUCUUUGUUUCAGAGAAGCUCAUCUCUGUGCCGCCGGUUCACCGUGUGAACAAGCGUGGGAGUUCACUGCAAGGGCAUGUGUCUGUGGCCGCUACUCCUGCCCACUUCCUGAUCAUCAGCGGCGUGACGGCAGUUGAUGAGACUUGCUUGGCAGGGUCUGCAGCAGGUGUGUGGCUCGAAUCCUGCGAGAAGGCAGUGGCUGGCAUGAGUGGGGAGGAGAUCUGGAGCUUAGCGACAGAUGGGAGCUUGGUGCAUGCGGAGUCGAAGACAUGUCUCAGCCCGCAAGGAACAGGUGCUGCUGGUGUGCCUCUAACGCUGGUGUCGUGCGACGCAGCUGGCGGCGUGGCGAAGUGGGAGCUGCAAGGGAACGGUCAGGUCAAGAUGGGGCAGAGCAGCAUGUGUAUCAGCCAGGUCGGGCCAAGUGGUGCUGCGGUCAACGUGGCAGAUGCCGUCAGCCUUCUCCUUGACUUUGGAGAGCCCGUGCAUGGAUCCAUCUUGGAGCUCGACUUCGAAUUCGUGCCUUCCGCGUUUUCAGUGCAGGCUGCUGAGCCCUCGUCGGAGAAUUGGUUGCAAAUAUUCGCCACAGACUCGAACGCUUUGAAGCAUGUGAAGAUUCCCCUUGCGACGGCCAAGCCCAUGUCGGCAAUCAAACUCAUUAUGAAGGAAGCCCAUCCGACUCUCGGGGCAAUGAACGGCCACAAGCUUGUUGCAGUCCGUUCUAUCAGGCUGCUGACGCGGAUGCUGCAGCCGGUCCUGGAGCCAUGUGCAGCCGCGGCGAAAAGCCACGAUGCAAGAGACAAGUUUUUCACCGUUGCAGUGAGUGGUUUCGACCCGCAAGCUGGUGCUGCUUUGGCAGCCGAGAUGCCUGCGCUGGAGUCGGCAGAUGCGGCGUUAUCGUCUAUCGUUGUGGAGCUCGCGAAGGCUUUGCCUGCGAUCAGCUCCUGCAAGCCUGCCGGCCCUGUCUCCCUUCGUGCCAAUGCCACGAUCCAGAGCGUUCAGCGACACCGUGCAGUCGGCGACAUGGCAUUGGACUUGGGCCAGGAAGCAGCCUUGCUGGAGGAAGCCAGGGGCACCAUUGUCGCAGCGCGUGGGCUGCUGGUGUUGAAUCGCGCAGCGCGUGCAAAUGUCCGCGUCACGGCAGAGGGUCAUCCUGCGAGUUCCGGACUCUUGGAAAUCCAGACCAGCUCUGGGUCCUAUGGAUCUGUGUGCGGAAUGAAUGCCGAAGCAGCAAGUGUGGCCUGCAGGCAGUUGGGCUUUGAGUUCGGUGUGCAGAGCCCAUCUCCAUGCGGCCAGUAUGGAGGAGGGAGCUGGUGUGGGGCAGCAGGAUCACCUGUUGCUGUGAAGGGCUUGAAGUGCUUGGGAACAGAAAUGAGUGUUGAUGAGUGCAGCUCAGAAGUUGUAGAUGAGGCAUGUCUGAGCCACGGCAGUGAUGCUGUCAUCUUCUGCGGCACAAGCUCUGUGGGGGCUUUCCGAGACGGCGAGCUUCGGUUGGUUGGAUCAACAGGUGCACCAGCCCUGCCCAAAGAGGCCGGACGCCUGGAAGUGUUUCUGGCCGCCGCUCAAGCUUGGGCUCCGGUGUGCAAGCUUGGAUUCACGAGUGGAUCGGCUUCAGUUGCUUGCAAGCAGAUGGGCUACGCAGGGGCAGCAGGCUUCGCAGGUUGCCGAUCCCAACACGCCUGUGGAGGCGUGGCGCCGCAGCUGGCAGACUUGGCUUGCGCCGGUUCAGAGACCAGUGUGCUGCAGUGCCCUAUGUCAAUCGGGGACGAUGUGUUCUGUGCGCCAGAGGAGUCCGUUCUUUUGUCUUGUUCUGGACAUGGUAUGCCGCAGCUCUGUCGCGAAGAGGAUUACGAACGGCAUGUGUCUGUGGCCGCUACUCCUGCCCACUUCCUGAUCAUCAGCGGCGUGACGGCAGUUGAUGAGACUUGCUUGGCAGGGUCUGCAGCAGGUGUGUGGCUCGAAGCCUGCGAGAAGGCAGUGGCUGGCAUGAGUGGGGAAGAGAUCUGGAGCUUAGCGACAGAUGGGAGCUUGGUGCACGCGGGGUCGAAGACAUGUCUUAGCCCGCAAGGAACAGGUGCUGCUGGUGUGCCUCUAACGCUGGUGUCGUGCGACGCAGCUGGCGGCGUGGCGAAGUGGGAGCUGCAAGGGAACGGUCAGGUCAAGAUGGCGCAGAGCAACAUGUGUAUCAGCCAGGUCGGGCCAAGUGGUGCUGCGGUCAACGUGGCCGCUUCAGCUUCAGUGUCUGCAAGCUCGACGUUAGAUCCCAGCCAUGGGGCAGCCCUGGCCAUUGACGGGGUGGCGUCCACGUACUGGGUUUCUAAGAUGGACGAGGCAGAUGCCGUCAGCCUUCUCCUUGACUUCGGAGAGCCCGUGCAUGGAUCCAUCUUGGAGCUCGACUUCGAAUUCGUGCCUUCCGCGUUUUCAGUGCAGGCUGCUGAGCCCUCGUCGGAGAAUUGGUUGCAAAUAUUCGCCACAGACUCGAACGCUUUGAAGCAUGUGAAGAUUCCCCUUGCGACGGCCAAGCCCAUGUCGGCAAUCAAACUCAUUAUGAAGGAAGCCCAUCCGACUCUCGGGGCAAUGAACGGCCACAAGCUUGUUGGAGUCCGUUCUAUCAGGCUGCUGACGCGGAUGCUGCAGCCGGUCCUGGAGCCAUGUGCAGCCGCGGCGAAAAGCCACGAUGCAAGAGACAAGUUUUUCACCGUUGCAGUGAGUGGUUUCGACCCGCAAGCUGGUGCUGCUUUGGCAGCCGAGAUGCCUGCGCUGGAGUCGGCAGAUGCGGCGUUAUCGUCUAUCGUUGUGGAGCUCGCGAAGGCUUUGCCUGCGAUCAGCUCCUGCAAGCCUGCCGGCCCUGUCUCCCUUCGUGCCAAUGCCACGAUCCAGAGCGUUCAGCGACACCGUGCAGUCGGCGACAUGGCAUUGGACUUGGGCCAGGAAGCAGCCUUGCUGGAGGAAGCCAGGGGCACCAUUGUCGCAGCGCGUGGGCUGCUGGUGUUGAAUCGCGCAGCGCGUGCAAAUGUCCGCGUCACGGCAGAGGGUCAUCCUGCGAGUUCCGGACUCUUGGAAAUCCAGACCAGCUCUGGGUCCUAUGGAUCUGUGUGCGGAAUGAAUGCCGAAGCAGCAAGUGUGGCCUGCAGGCAGUUGGGCUUUGAGUUCGGUGUGCAGAGCCCAUCUCCAUGCGGCCAGUAUGGAGGAGGGAGCUGGUGUGGGGCAGCAGGAUCACUUGUUGCUGUGAAGGGCUUGAAGUGCUUGGGGACAGAAAUGAGUGUUGAUGAGUGCAGCUCAGAAGUUGUAGAUGAGGCAUGUCUGAGCCACGGCAGUGAUGCUGUCAUCUUCUGCGGCACAAGCUCUGCGGGAGAUUUCCGAGACGGCGAGCUUCGGUUGGUUGGAUCAACAGGUGCACCAGCCCUGCCCAAAGAGGCCGGACGCCUGGAAGUGUUUCUGGCCGCCGCUCAAGCUUGGGCUCCGGUGUGCAAGCUUGGAUUCACGAGUGGAUCGGCUUCAGUUGCUUGCAAGCAGAUGGGCUACGCAGGGGCAGCAGGCUUCGCAGGUUGCCGAUCCCAAGAAGCCUGUGGAGGAGUGGCGCCGCAGCUGGCAGACUUGGCUUGCGCCGGUUCAGAGACCAGUGUGCUGCAGUGCCCUAUGUCAAUCGGGGACGACGUGUUCUGUGCGCCAGAGGAGUCCGUGCUUUUGACUUGUUCUGGACAUGGUGAUCCGAUUGGAAGACCGAUGGCUGCUUAA